AGAUUUUGUUCUGUUUUGAGAUAAAUAUCAUAUGAGAAAACCAAACAAAACAAAUAAAGCCCGGCAAAUGAGUGUCGUGGGAUCGUUGCAUACAUUUAAUUUCAAACAAAUAUUUGAAUAAAGUCUUAACAUUUUGAUUACGAUCGAAGCUUUUAAAAUAUCUCACUUUUUUAUACCGAACAAUAAUGCAACAGGAAGAUAAUACACCUAGUGAAUACAAAAUGCGAUUUCUAAAAAAAUAUAAUGAAAUGGUAGAACAAAUCAGUCCCGAACAUUUUGAUGAAUACAACAAGAUAGCGCCGAAGUAUCGCGUAUUCGAAAUCUACAAGGCAGGAUUGUUAGAUAAUAUACUCUCGUAUUUCAACACUAUAUGGAAUUUCACCGAUACCGAUGAGCAUCUUAAUAUCCUAGAUUUGAUGAAAAAUGAUCACAGGAAUGAUAGUGACAAAAAAUGGCGCCCAACCGGAAAAAGCGUCGAAGAGCAAACACGACCUUUGAUUGUUAAUAAAUUAAAAUGGCAACUGAAAUAUUACGAAAAGCAAAUCGAAUUCCAAAAGCAACAACUGGAGCGAGCUGUUUUACGGGUCGAGGCAAGUCGCCAAAAAUGGAAAAACCUGCUGGAGAGGAGAGAAUCAGUAAAAGCAUCCGUUACCUGUGAGCUGAAUGAUCUGAGAAAAAUCGAGUCACAAAUAAUUGAUUUCGAAGAGAAAAUUGUAGAAGAUUUACAGCGAUGAAUGCAUAGGCAUGCGUAUUUGAUUUUCUAAUAGAUCAACUCGGGGUUUUCAAUGGUAUUUUAUCUACACAAAUUUGCAUUUAUCUUCUAAUGAACUUUGUUAACUUACGAUGUGUUUUGUAGCUUGGUUGAAGUAAUAAAUAUGUUUUAUAAAAU